CCCCUUUCCUUUAGACCGUGUUGUCCUCUCUUUUAUCUCAUUUAGGGUUUCUUUUCUUUCUACGAGCUCAGAUAUGGCCGACGAAUCCCACUACUCCGCCGCAGACACCGCAACGGCCACCGUCACUCCUAACAAGCGCAAGUACGAUGACCAAACGGCCACUGCUCGUCGCCACACGGGUUUUUCUUCGCCGGAUUCUUCAGCUCCUAUUCCUCCUUACAAUAAUGUCCCGCCGCCUGCCGAUGAGAUCCAGAUGGCCAAGCAGAAAGCUCAAGAAAUUGCUGCGCGUUUCCUGAGUGCCGCCGCUGGAGGCGCUCCUGUUGAUAAUAAGCGUCCUAGGGUUGAGAAUGGGGGCAUCGGUUUUGAUUCCAAUGAUAAGGGCUUUAACUCUGCUACGUCGGGCGUUCCUGUUUCCUAUGGUUCUUUUAUGGGCGGUACAAGCAAGAGAAUCGAAAUACCAAAUGGAAGGGUUGGUGUUAUCAUUGGCAAAAGUGGGGAGACUAUCAAAUAUCUUCAAGCUAAAUCUGGGGCGAAGAUCCAGGUAACGCGAGAUCUGGAAGCUGACCCCAAUUCGCAAACCAGAGCUGUAGAGCUCAUGGGUACUCCUGAACAAAUUGAAACUGCAGAACGGUUGAUUAAUGACGUUCUUGCCGAGGCUGAUGCUGGAGGUUCUGGUACAGUUUCUCGAAGGCAAGGAGGACAGGCUGGUGGCGAUCAUUUUGUCAUGAAAGUCCCAAACAACAAGGUUGGUCUGGUAAUUGGCAAAGGAGGUGAGACAAUUAAGAGCAUGCAAGCGAGGACUGGUGCUCGCAUUCAGGUGAUACCUCUGCAUCUCCCCCCUGGGGAUACCACAUCAGAUAGGAAUGUACAUAUAGAUGGGACAAGUGAACAGGUUGAGGCUGCAAAGCAGUUGGUCAAUGAAGUCAUUAGUGAGAAUCGCAUGAAGAAUUCAUCAAUGGGUGGAGCAUAUUCUCAGCAAGGAUAUCAAACACGACCAGCUGCGAACUGGGGCCCUCCUGGUGGUGCAGUGCAGCAACCAGGUUAUGGUGGUUACGGGCAAUCCGGACCAUAUGCAGGGAAUAUGCCCCAGCCACCAUAUGGGGGAUAUCCUACCCAGCCAUCAUCUGCUGGAUACCCUGCUGGAUGGGACCAGUCUACUCAGCAGGCUAGUCAGGGUUAUGAUUACUAUGGUCAGCCACCGUCUUCACAGCAACCACCAAUUUCUGGUGGUCCACCACCACCAGCAGCUGCUGCAGCGGCAUAUAAUUCUGGUGGCUAUGGUUACAACAGUCAGCAACCACAUUCGGGCUAUAAUCAUCAAGGGCACAGUUAUGCACAAGAUGGGUAUGGCGGAUAUCCUCAUACAGGUUACAGCCAGCCACAAGCUUAUGAUCAGCAGCAGCAGGGGGGUUAUACUACUGCUCCCAGCUAUGGUCAAGAAGGCCACAGUUCUGCCUAUGGUGGACAAGGAGAGUCAGCUCCUCAACCAUCUUCUGCAGGUCAACAGCAAGGCUAUGGUUCUGUCCCAAAUCCAGCAAGUUACCACCCUCCACAAGGUACUGUCCAAUCAGGAGGAUAUGGGAUGCCACAACCAUCUGGCUACGGGAGUCAUCAAGCAGCUCAACCUGGAUACGGAUCUAGUUAUGGACCUCCUUCAGCACAAAAGACUCCGGCAGUGAACACAUCAUCUGAUUAUGGGCAAGCCGCCCAACAACAACAAUCACCUUCUGGAGGAGGCUCAUACAACCAGUCAGUUUCUCAGCCAGGAGGAUAUCCACAUUCACAGCCGCCACUGCCGCUGCAGCCACAAUCGUCAGGUUAUGGCAGUGCCAUUGCUGCUCAGCCAGGAUAUGGUCAACCAUAUGGUACACGUCCAGCGCCGAGUCAACCAGGGUAUGGUCCUCCUUAUGGUGCCUCUUACAGUAGUCAACAGCCAGGAGGGUACCAUGCUGAUGGCAAUCCUAGCUUCAAUGCAGCAGGAGCUGCAAGUACAGCGGCAGUACCAGUGCCGCCGCCUGGACCACCUUCGCAGCCUAUGCAGCAAGGUGGAGUUGCCAAAGUAUCUCCAAAGAGCUGAUGAUACUGACCGCAACUGUUGCGGACUUGAUAUAAUCAACUACCCUCUGCUCUGCUCUGCCUGGGUAGGUGGUGGGUGGUGGUUGCUUUCCUUGCUAAAUGCAAUGGGUAGUUUACUAGUGAGGUUUUUGUAGCGUGUUAUAUACUCCUAUGUCAGGCUUUCCUUUUAUCUUUCAGUACUUAUUUUGUAGUAAGAUUGUUGGAUGCUUUGAAAUUUCGAUUUGGCUUGUGAGAUAGUAUUGCUCCCAUCUGUUCAACUUUUUUUCGUGCUCUAACAUAACAUCUUAUCUGGCCUUAUCAAGUAAUGCAUGGAUGAAUAAUUUUUUGGGUUAAUA